GAAUGCGUGUGUGUGUUUUUGAGGACAAGCAACCUGUGUGGACUAAAACCGGACCAAGUCGUGCGUCUCACACCUGCACUAAGCUACAGAAACAGUGGAGUACACAGUGCACAAAGAGUGAGAGGACUUCACCAGACAAGAAACAGGCGGAGGACGGAAGAGGGUGUGGUUUUGCUCGAUGGCAUUGAGACCAUCUCUGCAGUGACGACAGAGUGGUAGGUGGUUAUGGGGUCGUUCAUGCUGGGGAAGGCCGCUUCCCUGGAGCAGCUGCUGGAAGCGUGUAUCAAUGCAUUUGACGAUGAUGGAGAGCUGCAUGGGAAUCAGCUCCCUCGGACCCUCCUUCUCAUGCACCGCUGGUACGUCACAUCUACGGAACUUGCCGGAAAACUACUCAUGAUGUACCGUGACUGCCAGGGAGACGACUGCCAGAGGACAAGACUGAAGAUCUGUUACUUGAUGAGGUACUGGAUAGUUGAGUUUCCUGCUGAGUUUGAUCUGGACCUGGGUCUGAUCCGCCUCACAGAGGAAUUCAGAGAUGUAGCUGCACAGCUGGGCUGUGAGAAACACUUCAAACUCAUUGACAUAUCUACCAUCCCCUCUUACGACUGGAUGCGGAAGCUAACCCAGAGGAAGAAGCAGGUGAAAAAAGGCAAAGCUUCACUCCUGUUUGACCACUUGGAGCCUAUGGAGCUGGCUGAGCACCUCACCUUCCUGGAGUACAAGUCCAUCAGGAGGAUAUCGUUUACAGAUUACCAGAGUUAUGUGAUCCAUGGCUGUCUGGUGGAUAACCCCACACUGGAACGCUCUAUCGCUCUCUUCAAUGGAGUCUCCCAGUGGGUGCAGCUGAUGGUGCUAAGUAAACUCACACCUCAGCACCGUGCCCACGUCAUCAGCAAGUACAUCCACGUGGCACAGAAACUCCUGCAGCUGCAGAACUUUAACACCCUGAUGGCUGUGGUUGGAGGCCUGAGUCACAGCUCCAUCUCUCGGCUUAAAGAAACACACUCCCACCUCACCCCUGAUGUCACCAAGAUGUGGAGUGAGAUGACAGAGCUGGUGUCGUCUAAUGGGAACUACUGCGCGUACCGUAAAGCAUUCAGUGAAUGUGAGGGCUUUAAGAUCCCAAUCCUGGGUGUGCACCUGAAGGAUCUCAUAGCUGUGCACGUUGUCUUUCCUGACUGGGCGGAGGAUGGGAAGGUGAACAUUGUUAAGAUGCAGCAGCUCUAUCUGACCUUUAAUGAACUGGUGUCGCUGCAGAGUGCCUCAGCACAGGUGGAGCCCAACAUGGACCUCAUAUACUUACUCACACUGUCUUUGGACCUAUACUACACUGAAGAUGAGAUUUACGAAUUGUCUCUUCUCAGAGAACCACGCAACCCUAAAUCACUGCCCACCUCACCUACGACCCCCAACAAACCACUAGCCCCUCUUGACUGGGCGUCAGGAGUGACCACGAAGCCAGACCCCUCAGUGGUAAACAAACACAUCAGGAAAGUGGUGGAUUCUGUGUUUCGUAAUUACGACCAUGACCACGAUGGCUACAUUUCCCAGGAGGAUUUUGAGAGUAUUGCAGCAAAUUUCCCUUUCCUGGAUUCGUUCUGUGUGCUGGAUAAGGAUCAGGAUGGAUUGAUCAGUAAGGAUGAGAUGAUGGCGUAUUUUCUGCGUGCUAACCCCCUCCUGCAGUGUAAAAUGGGCCCAGGUUUCGUUCAUAACUUCCAGGAGAUGACGUAUCUGAAGCCCACAUUCUGCGAACACUGUGCUGGAUUUCUCUGGGGGAUUAUCAAACAGGGCUUUAAGUGCAAAGACUGUGGAGUGAACUGCCAUAAACAGUGCCGAGAACUGUUGGUUUUGGCGUGCCGACGACUUCCUCGUUCCACCUCUCUGGGCAGCGUGUCGCCUGGGGCAACAACACACAGCUCUUUACCCAGUAGCCCCUCACUGCCCACCUGUAAAGACGAGGUAUUCGAGUUCCCUAGUGUGUCACCAGUGAGUGGUGGUUCUGAUCUGGAGGGUAAAUCCAUCACUCUGAUGACAGGUUCAGCCCAGCGGAUCUCAGUACGGCUCCAGAGGGCCACCACAAGCCAGGCCACCCAGACUGAGCUGCCCUGGCCGGAACACGGCUGGCCAGCAACAGAGAGCGGAUCCCACACCUUCCCAAAGAUGCGUUACCGGCCACAGCGCAAGUUCUCCAAGAACAAGGGCUUUGCUCGCUGGGAAAAUGAGACACAGAGAGCAGGGACAGGAGCGGGGACGGGAGCGGUGCUGUCGCCAGAGGGAAGGGCUGAGUCACCAAAGGGAGGAGCAGCAGAGAACCACAGAGACUCGCAGGAACAGACAGAGGAGUCAUAUCAAAAUGGGGUUACAAUACACCAAGAGAAGAUAGAGCCUGCAGAGAUCAGCUGACUUGACACCAGCGAGGUCCUGGGUAGGACCUCACCGCGGCCUUCAGGUCCACGCCACAGGAAGCUCUCCUCUCUGGGGGAUGUGUUUGGCUGUCUCUGGCCCCUGUUUGAUACAGAGGAUUAGGGCCUCUCAGCGAGGCCUUCAGCCAGAUGGAGACAUCACAACUGGACCUAAAGAGAGGAAGAGAGAGAGAGAGAGAGAGAGAGAGAGAGAGAGAGAGAGAGAGAGAGAGAGAGAGAGAGAGAGUAGCAUGUUACCUCUGAAGAACUCCAAUUUUUUGGCAAAGGACUGUUGCUGUAGGACAUGUUGGAGGAGCAACUGGACUAUGGUGUACUGACUACAAUGCACAUUGGUAUUUAGGGUUCUGAAUGCUACUUUUGUGUGUGUGUGUGUGUGAGAGAGAGAAAGAGAAAGAGAGAGAGAGAUAGAGAGAGAGAGGAUUUCUAUGAAACUGAGUUAUUGUAUUAUUGUAAAUUCCUGAACACAAGUGUCAGUGGGUAAACAUUCAACUCUUCUGGGGUUUUUCUUUUGUAUAUGUGACAGUGGGAUAAUACGUAAAUAUAUCCCUGUGUGAAGUUGAUUGGAUGGGGAAUGGGCUGAAUUUUAGAGGGACAUUGUGAAUGUGUAAGCACUGGAUGUGUGUUGAUAAGAGUGACUUUUUUCAGUGUAAAACAUCACUGGACUUUGGAUCAAACAGCCACGAGGGGAGUGUAACAGUGCAGCAGCAUAGGGUCUGUAGCACAUGAUGAGAUGAAAUGAUUUUAAAUGUCCCUGAGUUAACAUCAAUAAUAGUCACUAACGCACAAGUUGAGUGACUCACCCUAGAUUUUAGGUGGAUUUUCCAUGAAGCAGGACUCAGCCAGAUCGACUGAGUCAAAAGCAAGAACAGAGGAAUGUUCUUUAGCUGCUUUCCUGUCAGAUAGUUUUGACGUUUGACUAAGUUACCUACAAAUCCUGUUUCAAUAUACCCCAGAGGCAGGUACUUACAACAGAAAGGUUGUAAUUCAUUACACCUUUUUUUUUACCAUAAGUUACAGAGGGAUUCGAAGUUGAAAUCUCAAGUUUCCUUUAUUAAAGCCAAAUGUGAUCAAUAGAAUUCUGGAUUAUGUACUUCAAAGUGUUAAGGGAUUCACAGCUCGUGCUGUCAUUCUGUUUUUGACCAUUUAAAGGUAUCAACAUAUCCAUGUCUCCCGCUUACUUUGAUUCCUGUCACUUCCCAUGUACGCCAGAAUUUGUCUCAUUAUCAUCCAUAUUGAUCAGUGGACCUGGGGUUGACCCCCGUGCUAAUCUAGUGAAUCAGCCUUGGAAUCAGGACUGUAGCCUAGCAACAGAGACAGGGUCAGUGAAUUUACCAUUUGUUUUUAGCAUCCCACCCAGCCCUGAGGGCUGACUGAGAGUCUGUCACUCAUCCCAUCUGUGCUUUGAGGACAGGUGCACUGCUGACCAGGUGUUGGAGUAGUGUUACUGUUGCCAGGCACCAAGAGAAUGACCAGGGGCAGUUUCUCAAUCGCCAAGGAAACGUGAGUUAUGUAAGGGUAGUUGAGCUCCAUCUGUACAGGGAUCACCUUUGACACC